UUCUAAACCCUAAAACUCAUUUCAUUCACAUCCGCCCCCAUUCUUCUUCUUCUCUCUCUUGCGAUUUUCCAUUUAGGGUUUCACGAGAUCUAUGGUAUCAGCAAGAUCUCACCAGAUCCAACAAUGGUGUGGUCUGUAAAAGUGGUCGAGACAAGAUAUACGCUUCAAGAUCAGUCGAUUCAACCCGAGGUUUCUCCGGGCGAAUCUAGGGUUUCUUUAUCAGUCGCUUCAAGAUCUACGCUUCCUCAGUGAUGAAUCUCUCUAGAUCCCACACCAGAUCGACUGAUUACCUGGUGGUUGUGCGUGGAAGAUGGUGGCGAUGACACAAAGAUCUACCGUUUGGUGGCCAGAUCUACCGUUUGAAGUUGAAGAAAUGGUAUUGAAAAUGGUGAGGGAUUAAUGAUGGGUUGUCUUAUAUGAGUUGUUUGAGGAAGAACUGAUCAGCCUACAGCCCUACACCAUCUUCAAAAUGUGAUUCAACAUCAACAUCAGAUGGUUUUUUGGCUCACAAUAAAGAGAUGAACUUUAUGUCUUCUAGAUUUUAAGUUCAGGGACUGAGUUCUGAAUUCAAAUAGUCUGUAGCGAGAUGAUGGUGACUGAUAGCGCCACGGUAACCCAUCUCCACUGCUCGCAGCUGCUUUUAUGUGAGUCGGACACAGGCGCUGCCUCCGUGUUUGAAAUCAUUGGGUCGGGUGUUUGAGUCGAACAGACUCGAUCUAGCUUUUACCGAGCUUAAGAUUGAGCUGCAACUUUCUUGAUAAGUCACGAAUGGUGAGGUGACGAUGGUGGCACGUGUGCAUAAAACAAAAGGAUGGUGUUUGAGAGAAUCGAUGGCAAGGCAGUGAGCUUAAAACGGUUACAUGCCAGGCAUUCUGAUAGUUAACAGUAGUUGGAGGACAGUCGGUUAGCAAUUGAUGGCGCCAACCCAUACACCAAAGAUCAGCUCUUCUAUUAAAUGUGACCCAUAACUAAAACUAAAGAGUUUAAAUACAUAUUUACAAAAUAAGUAAUAAUACUAUUGUUUAAAUACUAAUAACACUUUUGAUGCCAAUGAUUAUUUUCCAACCGCAGCCAAAACGCGUUAGUGGUACCCAUCAUCUGUUCUGCCCAUGAUAGAUGUGGGAUUUGCUUAAAGUGUUACGCAUAUACUGAUUAAAAUUUUAAUUUGUUUAUGUCGUUGCUUAAGAAUCAUCGAGGCCUCUGAAUGAUAUUUACUGACAUUGCUGUAGUGGUGUAUCUUGAUGCUGAUACAAUCGUUGUCAAGAACAUUGAUGUUUUAUUCAAAUGUGGGAAAUUCUGUGCCAACUUGAAACAUUCAGAGAUACUAAACUCAGGUGUAAUGGUAGUUGAACCAUCUGAAGAACAUUUUAACGACAUGGUGAGCAAAGUGACAACGUUGAAAUCUUAUACAGGAGGUGAUCAAGGUUUUCUCAAUGCCUAUUACACUGGAUUUCCCAGUGCGCGUGUUUUUGACCCUAAUAUUUCUACCGAGGAAGUGAAUUCUAAACCGGCUGCAGAAAUGGAGAGACUUUCAGCUCUAUAUAACGUAGACGUUGGACUUUACAUGCUCUCUGCGAUUCAGAAGCGAUUCAGAAACUCCAAGCUCUCUCUCUCUCGGCGAUUCAGAAACCCCAAGCAUUCCUACCACUCGAAAAUCCUCAGUAUUUCAGACAUGCGCUGGGUUCGUCAACGAUGGUGGCUGUGGGUGGAAGAUGAUGACGUUGGUUGGUGGCCAGAUUGGUACCAUCCUUACCAGAUCUACCUUUUUGUUUGUCAGAUUGGAGCAAACUUGACAAGGGACUUUAUUCGAAUCAGGAAGAAUUGGAGGGGCUCGAGGCCGACCUCAUGUGCUUUUGCGUCGAAAUUGGUCAAAGUUAUGGUCUGUUGGUGGCUGAUAUGUAAAAACAACCAAAGGGUUGAAGAAAUUCGUCAAAUGUGUCAUAUUGCUUUGAAAAGAGAUCAUGAAUAUAUUAAAACGGUUGAAGAAGGAACCGAAGAGACACACACACAGGUCCAACAAAAGUCUAUGAUUGCUCCAUUAGACACGCAAUUUUCCCUGGUCUAUACGCUUCUAAAAGAUCAUAUCGCCAAUGAUGCUGAUUACAAGGUUCUCGGGUUUUGUACAACUGCGAUGGUCACAAAAUUGGUGGCAGACCUACUUGGUCAAAUGAGGUUAAAUGUUCGCGAAAUACAUUCGAGGAAGUCCCAAAGUUACCGGAAUCACGUUUCUGAUGAAUUCUGAAAAUCAAAGGGUUUUAUUCUGGUAACUGCUGAUGUUUCUGCACGUGGAGUACCUUACCCUUAUUCAGGUAUUAGUAUUAUUACACAAUGCUUACAACUAUGAUCAUCAAAUUUAGGGCUGCAAACGAACUGAACGAACACGAACAAGGCCUUGUUCGUGUUUGUUUGUUAAGGAAAUGCAUGUGUUCAUGAACACCUACCGGACGAGAUUUUCUUAUCGUGUUCAUUUGUUAAGGAAAUGAACAUGUUCGUGUUCGUUUGUGUUGUUUGUUAGUUUUAGGAGAUGAACGCAAACGACCAUUUAUGAACACAAACAAGCGUUCAUAAACACAAAUGAAAACAAACGAACACAAACGGCGUGGCGAGCGUAACCGCAGCGAACUUAACCGCAUCGGCACAACGACCACAACCCCAACGAGCUCGGCUAAGGGUAUUCAUAAAGCUGGUGGCUCGCUUGAAACUCGCUCGACAAAAGCUCGUUUCUUUUUUCGAGCCAAGCCGAGCCAGCUUGUUUUGUAAUUGAGCCGAGCUCGAGUCAGGGUGCACGCCUCGUGGGCCGUGGCUCGGCUCUAUGGCUCGUAUAUAUGUGUGUGUGUGUGUGUAUGUAUAUUUUUUAAAAAAAUAUGGCCAAUGUGCUUUUCUAAUACAUUUGUCUUCUACUGAAAUAUGUAUUUUUUCAUCUGUAUGGUAGAGGGAAGACACAAACUGACCCGAGAUCCAAACGCAUACCGAGCGUUGAUAUCUCGCACAGGCCAGUUGGACAGAGAAACCGAACACAUGUAUUUAUUUGUGUCAAAAAAUAUUAUUAUUAAUUGUGUAGCUUAUACACGAUGUGUGUAACCCAUUCAUAUUAAACAAGUUUGGGGGGGGGGUAUAAAGCGCUUGUAAUCAAACCGAAAGCCAAACUGGUUAGCAGGUUGAACUUAUUAUAUAUAUGUGUGUGUGUGUGUGUGUGUGAUUGAUUUUAAUUGUAAAUGGAUUGAUGAUGAGUUGAUUUGUGAAAUGAAAUGAGUUAAAAUGUCAUAAUAGAACACUGUAUAAUUAAUUAAACUUGUUAAAUAGACGAAUUCGAACAUGACUGGUUUAAUAAAUGGAUUAGACUAACGAAUACUGUAUUUGAUCCUCUUAUUUUUGGUGGUUUUCUAUAUCUGUCUGGUAAUUUUAAGUUAAAUUCCAACUUGUUAUUUUGUGAAUUUUUUACCUAUGAUUGUGUGAGACCGUUACCGGUAAAAUGAGACCUAUUAAUACCCUACCAACCAAAGAGACAGGUAAACUGUAGCUUAGGCAUGUUUUAGACAGGUAGAAAACUAGCAUUCGAAGCUGAGACCUCUUUAUACGAGACUUGUAUUUUCUUUCUGGUCCUUUUGUCAAGCAUGCUAGCACGAUGAUUAAUAUCUUUGACAUGCAUGUUUGUGGGAAUUAAAAAAAUUAUUUUUCUGUUUCCUUUUCGUUUUUUGUAGUCGGAAUUUAUUUCUAUUAAUGUUUCUUAUAAAAUUAAAAAGAAACUUAUAUUUGAGGUAGUAGAUCUAUCAAGAUUCUUUACUAUAUUUCGGUUAUCAAUUAGAUUUUUUUUGGUGGAAGUUGUUGUAUUGUUGUUAUCAAUUAACCUGUGUUUGGUGGCUGCAAGAAACUUCAUAAGCACAAUACAUACUGUAGCAAUACUUGGCGGCAUCUGGCGGUCAAAAGCUCUAGAACUCGAUCCACAAUGCUGAUGCCAUGGGGAAAGCGAAAAUGUUGGCGUUUGAUAUAGAGACAGCUGAAGGGAUCAUGAUUGCUCGUUGAAGGGAUCAUGAUUGCUCACUCGGGUUGAUCAGUUGUAACCCUUUUCAGGUUCGAUGAAACUGCUAUGAGCCAUACGAAGACCCGCAUGCAAGAGGUAUGGACCAUUGAAGAAGUGGCUCUUAACGUUCCCGGGCUUUCGAUUGAUUGCUUUAUUCCACUAGCUGAGUUACGAUUCGGGGACGUGAGUGAUGCAUCUGAGUAUUCUCAAGAAGGCCGGGUUAAAACUGCUGCAAUGGCAGAUCCGGCUUAUUGGGCUAAAGUCGGGGCAUUAGAACGCCGCGAUGGGCUGGGUCAUAAUGUCGGGUUGAAGAGGGAUGUAGAAAAGAUAUAUGAAAAGAAUCGGUGGGAUUGGAUGCUAAUAGGGAUAGAUUUGACUUAUAGAAUGUAAUAGAAACUCCUGAUUUUGAGUAAGUUUUUUUGAAUCUGUUAAUCUUUACAAGGAUUAUCAUCUUUUGAGCCUUUGAUUUCUGUGUCAGUCAAGAGCUAUGUAAUGAAGGCAACCUUUGUUCUCUUGAUGUAUUGUAUUUGCAUCAUAUCUUAGUUAAAGGUGGUGUUAGGGAUAGAAAGAGAUUUACCCAUGUAAUAUCUUAUUAUCUUUGUACAAUACACAAGUUCUUUUAAAGUUC